GAGAGAGAGAGAGAGAGAGAGAGAGAGAGAGAGAGAGAAAAAAAAGAAGUUCUCGGCGGAGACGUUUUGUAUAUUUAUUCUGGUCAGUUGUCGUGUGUCUGAGCGCGCUGCAGGUCGAUGUUUAAGUUCCCAAGUACCGGUUUAACAGCAGAGAGUCUCCCAAAGUCCUAUCUUGUAUUCCGUAUUUCGUGGAAGAAAGUCCUUCCAUUUGUCGUCGUCUUGUAACGCGCAGUGUAGGCGCCUGUUGCUUUAUUUUCAAAAAAAGAAAAACAAAACAAAUAAUUUCAAUUUCAAUUUUCUUCAGUAAUUAUUUUUUAAUCUCGCGGACUUGGCGACAAGCAAGUCCGCGGACGCGCAUGUUCCGAAACUUUUGUUAAUGUGAUACUUGAUUUGUUUUUAAGGACAAAUUUUCCUUAGCUUUUUAAAUAUGGCGUGUGAUCAGUGGUGGUUUAUUCAUGGAAGUGUUACUCUAAGAAAAAUGAUGAUAAUACAAAUAUUUUUCGCAUUUGGAUUUUAUACAACAUUGGCAGAGACAGAUUUGUCUUAUCAUAAGUAUGAAAUAUCGAGGACACACAGUUUUUUGGAUGAUAGAAUAGAUUUUUCGCCGUUUGAUGAAAAUUCGCAAAAUCGAUUUGUAAGAUCGGUUCUUGAACCACCGAAAGGGACGGCGAAGCCUCAACAUGAACUUAGCGAAGUUCAGGAUAUGCAACAACAACAACAACCAAAAGUGCAACCUACAACACUGCCACAACAACCGGUUAUUAGCAUAAAUACUCAUAAUUCAGCAAAUGUUUCUUAUUCAACGGAAACUAUUUCCACGGAAAAUCCAGUGCAUGGCGAAUUACCUUCGAAAAAAUAUAAACCGGAUGUUCUCAAGUCAAAAAAAAAUUAUACCACAGCUACCACACCAACUGUUGAAACGUCCACUUCACAUUUGUCUAAACCAGUUGUUUGGGCAAAUCAAACAAGGUGGACUAAAAUUACACACAAUGUUAAACCUACCAAUGAGAAUUCUGAGACUGAAAUUGGCGACAUUCCAGACACUCUUUCUGAAGUAUCAAAUUCUACACUGCUACAGAAUAAUAUAACAAAAACCGUAAAUGAUACACAUCAAUAUUAUAAUAGUACAUUUAUGGUUGAUAAAGCCGCAUGGGAAAAAUAUUGGGUGAAUAUGGCUAUACAUCCGAAUCUUCAAGUCAAUGAAGUUCUAAGCGAGAGUCACAGGAAAGCUGCGACAAUAAAACUAAAGUUCGAUUUUCCAUUUUAUGGACACAAAGUACGGAAUAUCACAAUUGCCACAGGUGGAUUUUUAUAUACAGGAGAAUACGUACACAGUUGGCUUGCUGCGACACAGUACAUUGCACCGUUAAUGGCGAACUUUGACUUGCAAUUGUCCAAUCGUAGUUUCGUGAAAUAUGCAGACAAUUCAACAUCAUUUACAGUCGAGUGGGAAAAUGUUGUACUUCACGAUAAACCAGAGGAUGGGGCUUUCACAUUCCAAGUGACUUUACAUCUAAACGGCGACAUUGUAUUCGUUUACACUGCAAUUCCACUUGUUGUCGAAAAUAUUGAAGACACUAAUCAUCCAGUCAAAGUUGGAUUGAGUGACGCUUACAUUAUGGACAGAACUGUAUUCUUUAAUCGCAAGAAGACAAUUUACGAAUAUCAUCGAGUACACUUUAACCGCGAGGAUAUAAAGAAUUUCACAGUGAUAUAUUUGACGGCAUUGCCAACAUGUUUGCAAAUGGAUAAUUGCAAUGAUUGUCUCACAAAAGUGCCAGGAUUCAUUUGUAAAUGGUGUUCUGAAUUGCAACAAUGUAGUACAGGAGUUUCGCGAACUAAACAAGAUUGGUUGCAAAAAGGAUGCGAUAGAAAAAAUGUCAAAGAUGCAGCAAGUUGUUCAGCAAAAGCAACAUCCUAUAAAGAUCACAUUGAUGCCCAAGGACACGAGGAACACAUCACCAGAGACGAAGUAUUGUCGGCUAGCGUGAAACCUAGUCAACAUUCUAGUCCAGCGGCUGGUUCCUUGGAACAUGCUCGCGAAAAUAUGAACAUGAGCGUUUCUGGUAUCAUCGGUAUUCUGAUAAUUAUUUCCCUUGUUGCUGGUUUAGCCGGUUGGGCUGUAUAUGCGUAUCGUAAUCCUCACAGUGCAUCAGGACAAAUACUCAUUCGAUAUCGACCAAGUCAAUGGAGUUGGAGAAGAGGCGAAGCACGCUAUACUGUCGCAACAAUUCACAUGUGAUGCAUUUUACAAUUGCGAUUCAUGUCGAUUAAAAUUUAUUUAUCAAAUUUAUGGAGUUCACAAGUACCGUUUGAUGGGAGUGUGAUGUACUUUAUCUAAAUCGUGAUAGCGAAAGAGACUAAUAUAAAAUUCAGCUAUCACGAAAGCAAAAAACGAAACAAUGUUCAAUCGUUGUGUUUCAAAAUUUUAUUGUCAUACAACUCGAUUGAAAUGAGUAUAAAGAAAAAGAAACUGAAAAUCUUUUUUAAAACUAGCGGGAACAUGGCAAUUUUAUAAUUGAAUACGAGGAAUUUUUAUAUAAAUGAUAUUUUACCUAAAAAAAAAAAAAUGAACGUUCAGAACGUAAUUAUGCACUGAAAGAAACAGAGAAUAUAAAAAUACUAGAGGGAACAAAGACAUUACCAAUGUGCACUUACUUUUUUUUAAAACGGUAAUAUUUUUAUCUAAUAACAAUUUCAGAUCAUUUUUUCUCUCCAAAUUUAUCAUAAAAGAACAAUAUUAAUUUUCUAUCAAUUUCGAUUCGCAAUGAGAUUAUUUGAAAUUUCUUAUUUUACCGAAAAAUAGUCGAAUAUUGUCGCCGGUAACGCGACAAGAACAAGCGAAUGUUUCUUGAUCGUCGACAAUAAUUGUGAUUUUGAUCAACGUGUGGUAUAUAUAAUAUUUUUUUUUUUGUUAUUGUUUAAGAAUCGUUUUUCAUCGUUAGAAAAAUUGUUUUAAUUAAAUAUAUAUAAAUACACAAUGA